AGCUCUUGAGAUGCGCUUUGUGGGCAUGCGCUGUGGCUGUCAAGUGUCAUUCAAACGCUGUACUCGCAAUCGUCCAAAGAAAUCCUUUGUAUUACGUAAAAAGUUACCGUCUUAAACUCAGACUAACUUACCUUUGGUCAGUAUCAUGUUUUUAGUUUUGUAAGCAAGUGUUGUUUUUUCUUCGACUGGUGAUGUUUGAGCCCGUGGGAAACCUGUUGAUUGAUCCAGGGAAAGGAGGCGAAAUGGAGGUAGGGGAUAUUCCACACUGAUAAGUCACUGAAAGAAGAUAUCAAGUAUCUGGGCUCAACAUUAAUGGCUGACAUCAUGAACACGCAGCGUGCUCUGGCGGCUGUGGAGCGUCUUCAGGCACGGCUGAAGGAGAGAGGCGAGGCGCCCACAGAGGAGAAGCUCAACCUGCUGAAGAGCGUCCUGCAGAGCCCCCUCUUCCGACAGAUCCUGCUCAUGCAGGAGGCCGGCCAGCAGGGACCGUACUCACACCUCAGACAGCAGGGCAGCCAGAUACCACGGUCUCAGUCCAUGAAGGACCCGCGGAACGCUCAGUAUCCAGAGACAUGUUCCUUAGCCAAGAACAACAGGAACCACACUGGCUCCCUGGACCCCAUCCUCACCAUCAGUGACAGAAGAACCCAGGAUGACUUUGACUUUGUCAUCCGUUCUUUGGCUCAGGGUCGAUAUGUGGGCCAUGUAGAGCUGACUAAAGGGCCGCCUGGUCUUGGCUUCAGUGUGGUGGCCCUUAAGACAGAGAAGAACACAGGACUGGGCAUCUUUGUUGAGGAGAUCAAACAAGGCGGUGUGGCAUACAGGGAUGGUCGCCUAAGGCAAGCCGAUCAGAUCCUGGCAGUGGACAGGCAGCUCUUUGACUCCACAGUGUCCCAGGAGCAUGCAGUGAGAGUCCUGCAGAAUGCCACUGACAAGGUCAAGCUGACCAUUGCCAGAGGACCCAUCCCUCAGCUGUCCACCCCACAGAUGAACAGAACCAUCUCCCUGCCCAAGGACCUCUCUAAGCUCACUGAACUGAACAGUUUGGGGUAUAUCCAGGCGAUAGAUUUGGAGAAUGAUGGGACGGGCCUUGGCUUUGGGAUAGUGGGGAGCGAGAGUGCAGGCACCAUGGUCAAAACCAUCAUCCCCGGUGGACCAGCUGACAGGGAUAAGCGUCUGCGCAGUGGUGACCUGAUCCUGCGGAUUGGCGACACUGACCUGGCAGGGAUGGGCAGCGAGCAGGUGGCACAGGUGCUCAAGCAGACCAGCGCACGGGUCAGACUUCUCAUCGCCAGAGACACCGCAGGCAACGACCUGUCUCACCCCGUUACCCAGCAACGAGAGACGAGACCAGCCCAGUACUCUGAACCCGAGAAGGAUAGAACCUACGAUGUGUGGUUAACUAAAAACGCACGCGGCCUGGGAAUCUCCGUUGUCAGAUCGUCGGUAUCCCCUGGCUCAGACUCCAGUGGCAUUGCUGUGAAGAGCAUAGAGAAGGGGAGUGCAGUGGACCAGUAUGGCCAGAUGCACAUUGGAGACCACAUCUUAUCUGUGGACGGGCAGCGGUUGCAUGGCUGCAGUGAACAGCAGGCCAUGCUACUGCUCCGACAAACAGGCCAGACGGUCAGCAUGAGGAUGCUGCGGAUGGGCUCCACGCCCCAGCCAGCGCCUCCCCUCCCAGCCAUCCCCAAACCCCCGCGCAACGCAAAGGCCAAAGACCAAAAUCGCAAAAUCAGCUUCAGCACCGACCAUGAUGAGAAGAUGCAAAAUUACUGUUUAAGUUUGAAAGACAGAGCUGUCAUGAUAAAUAGAAGCAGCUCCAUGGAAAAAAGAGUGACGCUCACAGAGGCGGAAGUAGUGCAACUGAGAAAUAGAUGGCAGAACAAUGUUGGGGACCAGUAUGAAGUAAAGGUGGUGCAGGUGCAGAAGUUCGCUGAGUGUAGCAGUCUGGGGGUGAGUCUGGAGGCUCGUGAGGGCCAUCACUACUUCUGCUCCAUGCUGCCCGAGGGGCCCGUGGGCCAGAGCAGACGCAUCCAGCCGGGGGACGAGCUGCUGGAGGUGAACGGCAUCUCUCUGAGGGGCGAGACGCAUAAGGAGGUAGUGAGCCUCCUGAAGGAGCUCCCUCUCCAAGUGUGUCUGGUGUGCUCCCACCCUGUACCGCCCCCAAACCAGAGUGAGGAAGAUGAGGAGGAGGAUCUACAGCUCUCCCUGAAAGAACUUCUCAAUGAGUUCAAUGAAAUGGUUGAGCAAAACUGUGUGAGUGUGACCCCUAAGGAAGCACAGGAUUCUGGGAAGGUUGAGGGGCGGUCCCCUCUGGCCAUGUGGGAGACAGAGGUCCAGACGUACAAGCUGCUGAAGGGAGAGGCAGGUCUGGGCUUCAGCAUCCUGGACUAUCAGGACCCAGAAGACCCACUAAAGACAGUGAUUGUGAUUCGCUCGCUGGUUCCUGCUGGAUUGGCAGAAAGAGAUGGUCGGUUGUUACCAGGCGACAGGCUGAUGUUCGUUAAUGACACAGACCUUCGCCAUGCGAGCUUAGAGCAUGCUGUUCAGGUCCUAAAGACCACUCCUUUUGGCACUAUACAGAUUGGUGUGGCCAAACCUUUAUCAUGUGAAUCUAAUGCACCAGAAUUGCCAACGGAGACCAGCCGCGAGACCCAAGGAACCAAAACAGAGAAUGACAUCAGGCACAUGUCUGCCCUAAUCAGCAACAGCAUCGCAGUGAGCGACCGCCAGAGUCCCACAUCAAAGUCACCCCCUCAGAAGGAGAAGGUCAAAGGUCAGCUGGGCGGCAUGGAGACGGCUGGCAGACGUUACACCGCCACGUCUCGCAGCAGCAGCUUUCAGAGGACUAUCAGCGUUGUCAGGGGCAACACUAGCCUUGGUAUGACAGUGAGUGCUUUAAAGGAUGGUUCAGGCAUAAUAAUCCGCUCAGUGGUGAAUGGGGGCUCCAUCAGUCAGGAUGGGCGUCUGAGUGUUGGUGACGGCAUUGUAGCCAUAAAUGGAGAGGCCACCACCGACCUGGACAACGCUCAGGCCCGAGCCUUGCUCCGCCGACACUCUCUCCUUGCACCGGAGCUCAGUGUGACGUAUGUUCCUGCUCCUCUGCUUGAUAAGCACCGAGCUACUUUUGUCCAAUCAAAACAGGAGGACUCCUCCCCAUCACCACUGAAGAAGACAGCUGAGCCAGUUAGAGAACGGGACACAGACGACUCGCAAACAAUGACACAGAGGAAAGAGAGGGAGGGAGAGAGAAUUGAUGGAGUGAGAGAGAGGGACAAGCAGAGAAUUAAAGAGCAUGUGGUGGAUGGACAGGGAAAGAUGAGAGGUGAAGACAAGGGAAGGAAAGGAGGAGAGAGAGAAGGAAGAGAGGUGAAGAAUGGAGAGAGAGAGCAAAGAGAUGGAGAGGAUAGAGAAGGAAGUCAACUGUUGAAGCGUUGCAGUAAGCCAAGAGGAGUAAGACUGUUCAGACAGUCAGGGGGGUCGCUGGGCAUCAGUAUUGCUGGCGGGGGAAAGAUGGCCAAUCGCCUUAGCAACGGGGAGAUGAGGCGGGGCGUCUUCAUCAAACACAUCGCAGAGGACAGCCCAGCGGGCAGGACUGGCACAAUCAAGACUGGAGACAGGAUUCUGGAGGUGGCAGGAGUAGACGUACGUGACGCCACUCACGAGGAGGUGGUGGAAGUGAUCCGCCGAGCAGGAGACAGUGUGGAGUUUCUACUACAGAGCCCGCAGGAAUCCUCUACAGUCACAGAGAGUAGAGAAGAAUCGUCAAAGACACGCACUCUCUCCGAUAGUAAGGAAUCUGAGACUCAGAGUAGCCUUUUCCUCCGUCUCUCCCCAGCCAACCCCUUUACCCCAAUCCCGUUUAAGUCACCCCAGGCUCCGGGGGAGAGGGUGACGAUCAGGCCCCCCCGCACCGCGCCCACUCCUCUCAGUCUUUGUCCGAGGCCUGAGGGGUCACACGCACACGAACAGACAAAAACACUUCCAGACGCCCCGCAGACCGCUCCAGAAAGACCCAACAUGCCAGCCCAAUUUGGACCAAGCUGUGAUGAGGAGUUAGCUGCCUUGUGGAAGCGAAUGCUGCAGAGGUACGGUAGUUUGCCGGGUGAACUGUUGAUGAUUGAGCUCACUCAGGGCAGCGAGGGGCUGGGUUUGCAGCUGGUGGGAAACAAGGAUGGUUCUCGCUCCACUCUGAGCAUCUACGUGGGGGCCAUGGACCCUCAAGGAGCCGCCGCUGCGGACGGGCGCCUCAAAGUGGGAGAUGAACUUCUUGAGAUUAAUGGGCAGAUUCUAUAUGGUCGCAGUCAUCAGAACGCCGGCACCAUCAUCAGUAGCGCUCCAGCUAAAGUCCGAAUCAUCCUUAUCAGAGGUGUCCAGCAGCCAGAGAAAUCCAGCCAAAGCACUGCUCCUGCCACUCACGGACCAGCAGCCAAUCACACGCCUCUCUCCGCCCCCCACGAAGACUCCUGUUGGCCUCCUCCUCCUCCUCCAUGCUCGGUGACCUGUGACCCCCUGAGCUGCCCCAUCAUCCCUGGCUGUGUGACCACCAUCGACCUGUGUAGGGGCCUCACAGGCCUGGGGCUCAGCAUAGUGGGCGGCUGCAACACUGCACUGGGGGUGAUUCUGAUCCACGAGGUGAAUGAGGGGGGAGCGGCACGGAGGGACGGCAGGCUGUGGCCCGGGGAUCAGAUACUGGAGGUGAAUGGUAUAGACCUGCGGAUGGCCACGCAUGAGGAGGCUCUGAGUGUCCUGCGCUUGAGCCCCCAGCGCGUGCGCCUGUGUGUGUACCGCCAGCAGGGGGGGUACGUCCACAGACACGUGCAGGAGGAGCCCAUGUCCUGCAGGGGGCAGCAUGGCUACACGUCUGAAGACAUGUGGGACCUGCUGACUGUGGAGCUCAAACCCAGCCUGGCACAUGGCCUGGGACUCAGCAUAGUGGGGAAGAGGGAUGACACGGGUGUAUUUGUGUCAGAGCUGAGGAGGGGAGGUGUGGCAAAGGCAGAUGGCAGGUUGAUGGUAGGCGACCAGAUUCUGUCCAUCAACGGAGAGGAUGUCCGAACCGUAACAGAGGACUAUGCCAAAUCCCUUCUACAGAACUGCACCAAAUCUGUGGCACUGGAGAUGGCACGUUUCAAAGCAGUUCAACACCAGCAGUUAGGCUGUCAGAAGGGAUACGCAGACACUCUCUCCAACAGGCAUGUGAGCAGCUCAGAUCAUGGGCUUACACAAGUGGACAACAGGAACAACAACCACACUUCAGAUGAAAGCACGGAUAAGAGAAGUGUCACUCUCCAGAAGCGGGGGGCAUUAGAAUCCUUGGGCUUCAGUGUAUCUGGAGGGGUAGGGAGUCUCCAUGGCAACAUCCACAUCUCCUGGAUGGACCCAGAUGGAUUGGCAGCACAGACACAGCAACUGAAAGUGGGAGACCAGAUUGUGAGCAUCGGUGGCAGACACACAGAGGGAAUGAGUCACGCUCAGGUGGGGGCUCUGUUGAGAGAUGCCAGCGGGACCAUCAGCCUACAGGUGGUCUCAGGGGUUACUGGAAAUAGGAAUGAAAUCACUAAGGACCAGGCCUCUGCAUCAGGCCUCUCAGAGAACUACACCACCCAUAACCACUUAAGUCCCACUCAGUGCCACUCCAUCACUCUUCACAGAGGUGCCUCUGGUCUGGGUUUCAGUAUUGUGGGCGGAAUCGGCAGUCCCCAUGGUGAUCUGCCCAUAUAUGUGAAAACCAUCUUUCCCAAGGGGGCUGCGGUGGAGGACGGCCGUCUGAAGCAUGGGGAUCAGAUCCUGGCUGUCAAUGGGCUGAAUCUGGUGGGGGUGACUCAUGCCGAGGCUGUGGAGAUCCUGAAGAGGAGCAGAGGCCAUGUUGUCCUCACUGUGCUCUCCUAGAUACAUGGCGCCUUCUGAUGAUGUCACACGUGCACACCAGUGACAGUAUGAUGCUGUGAUGACAAUCUUGAUGACACGGUCAAUUCACUACAAUAAUAUACAUCACACAUUUAACUGUGUAACUGCGUAACUGUAUAACUGAUGAUGUCUUACAAACACAAACUAAAGCUUCCUUCAGAGGAGACUUGGUUUUGAAUCUUUACAGCCAUGGCUGAUGUACCAUCCAUCUAGUAAGUGGUCAGCAGAUUUAUUUCAUUUUCGUGUUGUAUUUGCAGACACCGACACACAAUGAGACAGAACUGGGAAUUCUGUCCUGCCAAUGUCCCAUUAGUGACAAUGACCUUCAGUCAUGACUGACUAAGCUACCUACAUGACACAUGUACAUUUACAGGUUCAUGACUUUGACCUUCUCACAUGAUUCUACCUGUUACACUAUCCAGCCUUCUUCUCGGGCUGUAGUGUUUUCCUCAGCACCUGUCUAGAAAAAUGAAGAGAUUUAUUUUGUGUAUUAUUUGAGUGUAUUUCUGGGGGCAAUGCUUUGAAGCUGAUCUGAAUCUCUAGUUCUGCCACGUUCUUAUAGAAGGAUCAGAUCGUAAUAGAAGUGCUCUUUAGUCAUAUUGGAGAAAUAAAUACUGUGCCCUUCAUUAACUUCAUAAAUUCAUUAUUAGCUAUGUAACACUGUACCACAUUGCAUAUCACAUUAUUACAGUAAUUGUUUGUUUGUUUGUUUUAUAAAUUGGAGAAUAAAUUGGAUUCUAUGUGUCUCCUGACCAUCAGAAUCAUUAUUAUCUAAACUGAAUGAUUUCUAUCCAUAGUAACCAUAUGCAUUUCAUGUUCUCUCAUUUCACCGACAUAUACACAAGGACAUUUGAAUUUAAUCUGUGUUCUAAUGUCAAACACAUGGACUGUAAAAGGUCUGAUCACUGUUACUUGGCCCAAUACUGCCCUCUAGUGGUCACUACAGUUGGCAACAUAUGACAUACAUGCAAGUAGAUCAGCUAUCUAAUUACACCAGUCCAAUAUAACCAAGGACACUCGUCUCUUCUCCCACCAAUUUUAAUGAAUCCUUUUGAGCUUGAAGAAAAUGCACUGACACCACCCUCUGAAACCUUCCAGCCCUCCCACCCUUGACAGGCAUGUCCUGCUGAUUGUCGAAUGAGAGCUCCGAUCAGCAUGACUUCUCAGGUUGCUGUUGUUUAUGGUGUACAUCAUAUUCCUAAAAAAAAUAUUGAACCUAGUGUACAUUCAGACAACAUAGCCAAUUACACAGUGUAAUAUAGUCGACCGGGUCAAAUUACUGAAGAAACUCAUUGUAGCAUGUUUUUCUAUGCAGUGUAUUGGCUUCAAAUAGCAUGGUUAAUAGAGGCUGAGAGCCCAGAAGCUUAUGAGGUGAAUGAUAAACUUCACUCCUAAAUGUGGAUCUCGGAGGGGCUUGGUUUGAAUGGUGCUCCUGUGAAUAUUCUCAUGCUGUGUUCUCACCUGUCUUUUGCUCAUCAAGUACUAGAUUAGCUGUCAAACAACAGCCGUUAUCUAAACAUAAAAAAAGUGAUUAUCAAACGGCACUCUGUUUGUAUUAAGUAUUGAUCAGGAGUUGGUUGGCCCUCUUGAAAUAAUUCAACAGAAAAAAAAAACACACAAGACCACGGUGUUCAACGUCCUCAAAAAGAAUAAAUCAGAGGAGAAAGGAUAAAAAAAAAAA